AUGAACGGCUCGGCGAACUCGUUGCUGGACAAGGAGGAGCACCCGCUGCAGCUGGGCGAGAGCUUCGAGCGGCGGCCCAAGGCCUCCUUCCACACCAUCCGCUAUGAUUUUAAGCCAGCAUCGAUUGAUACGUCUUGUGAGGGGGACCUCCAAGUGGGUAAAGGAGAUGAUGUUACCAUCACUUUGCCACAUAUUCCAGGUUCAACUCCACCAAUGACUGUCUUUAAAGGAAAUAAAAGGCCAUAUCAGAAGGAUUGUGUGCUUAUUAUCAAUCAUGACACUGGGGAAUAUGUGCUGGAAAAACUUAGUAGCAGCAUUCAAGUCAAGAAAACAAGAGCAGAGGGCAGCAGUAAGAUCCAAGCCCGAAUAGAGCAACAGUCUGCCCGAGCAUCUCAGCCUCCUUCACAGUUCAGAGCCCCAACCAAGCCAGCAGUUGGACCUAAAACUUCUCCUUUGAAGGAUAAUCCUUCACCAGAGCCCCAGCUGGACGAUAUUAAGAGAGAGCUGAGAGCAGAGGUUGAAAUUAUUGAGCAGAUGAGCAGCAGCAGUGGAAGCAGCUCAUCGGAUUCAGAGAGCUCAUCUGGGAGCGAAGAUGAAAGCUCCAGCAGCGAGGGGGAAGAGCCAGCACAUGUUUCCCCUUCCCAGCCACCACACCAGCAGUAUAACAACAGGAAUGCUGUUGCUAAUGGCACCAGCAGGCCACAAGGAAGCAAUCAGCUCAUGAACACACUCCGAAAUGACUUACAGUUGAGUGAAUCUGGGAGUGACAGUGAUGACUAGAGGCUGAGCUUUUGCUGUUUCUGUUACAUAUACAUGAAGAACUAAUUUACCUUGAAGUGAUCCUAUUGCUUAUGGAGAGGAGCUGGCACAGAGAUGGUUCCAUGUGUGGAAUUUUAAUAGAAGAAAUCUAUAGCCCUACAAAAUAACAGAUGUUGAGGACUGCUUUACUGUGUGAAUUAAGUGUAUAUAUUGUGUAUAUUCUUCUUCUGCUGAAGUUUUGAGUAGAUAUGUACAGUGAGUGAGCCAAUGUAUGUUUCUGUCCACCAUCUGUAAGUUUAACAUGUAAUUAUGUGAGGUCACCUAGAAAUUUCUUGUUUGUAAGAUAGGUUCAGCACAUCAUGACUUUGUUGGGGGACUUCUGUAUAUAUAGUGAGCAUGUGCCUACAAUGAGUUUAAAAAAACAUGCAGGAGCUAGUGUGUGCACUGAAGUGGGACUGCCAUAAAUUAAGUUUCAAUACUAAAUUGAUUUCUUUGGUUUGGGACUUUUCUAAUGCCUUUUUAUUGCUAUUUAUGGUUGAUUUAAUAGACCGACUUUUAAACAGUUGGAAAAUAGGAAUGAUUAAACCAUGUUCGUCACAAACCUUGCUGCAUCAGUGCCUUAUAAGCAGGUUUUUUUAAAUAGUGCUUCAAUUCCUGCCACCUUCCCUGUAGGGAGUAACACUGAAACUUCCUCAGAUUGCUUCUGCAAACAAGAGCUGGGUGUCACAUACAGCCUGCUGUGCUCUGAGGGCAGUGACUCUAGCAAGAUAAAAGACACACAGCAAUCACCUAAACUCAUCCAAGUAAGAAUCAGAUAAGCAUUCUCUUUACAAACUGAAGGGUCUCAUUUAACUCAGACAUUCAGACCUAGUCUUCAGAAAUACUUAAAAGCCCAGCUACUAGUGACAUUGCAAUGCCACAAAUGCAAAAUAUUUGACUUUCUGAAAUUCUAAGACUGGAACCUUCUUUGCAGUUUCCCAGAGAAUGCAAAAAUGCAUCUCUCCCACCACAUUUGUAAAGGUAGACUUUAGUCCAUAUUGUUCAUUGGACAAGACCUCUUUGUGCUUGGCAGGAGUACACAGAACAUGAAAUAUUUGCCAAGGGUGAAAUUCACCCCUGUUUAAAGGGUGCUUAGUUGGAUUAUCAUUAACUUUUUUGCUCACAUGGAAUAUUAGUGCCAUAGGCAGGCUCUUGUGACUUUUUAAAAUCAAAAUUCCGCUCACAUAGGACAAAUUGCACCUUAGUUGUGGUGUAAUCCUGGGGAAUGGGAAGCUGAAUCAGAUGCCUCUCCAUUCUCAGAUGUCUGCUUUGCACUGCUCUCAUCUGUCAGUUUGUGUUUUAACUCCUGUUUGUUUACUGAGCUCUGUCAUUUUUUUAACAUAUUGAAGAGCAAGGGGACAUUUGAAGGGAGAUUUUAUUAAAUGGUUUAUUUUUUUGCAUUAGAUACAUAUUUAGGCAUAUUUUUGCAUUAUUGUACAUACAUUAAAAAUACUUGUUUUUUUAAAUUGUUUUGUGAUGUAGGUAUGUAUUUUAAUGGACAAUUAUGAAAUAUACUUGAUGAAAAGCCA